CAGCUGUCAUCAUAUCAAAAGACCCAACCAUCAUCGCUUUCCAUGAGAGAUUGCAACAUUUGUGCGUAUGUAAAAGAGUCCUUUUUGUUCUUAAGCUGAAAAAUAUAUAGAUUACCGGACAAAAACUGGUUCCCGCUUAGGGUACAUUGAUAGUUGCUUUUCCUAAAUGUGAAACAUCGCGAAUGCGGUGCGUGCGUGCGUGGCUAAAAACAAACAAGCAAAGUUGUGCAAAGCAAAGCAGUGAACAGAACCUAUACGACUGGUGAUGGCUGAACAGAGUGAACUGCGUAUGAAUUUAGUGGCUAUUCAACGUACGGAUCCGUAUGCUAAGGACAUUGUCAACUCAUCGCCCCACGUAGCAUUCUACACUUUCAACACAGCUGAAAACGAAUGGGAAAAAACCGACGUUGAGGGAGCGUUGUUUAUCUACAGUCGAACCGCUGAGCCUUAUCACAGCAUUUUCAUCAACAAUCGGCUCAACAGGAACUCGCUAGUCGAACCAAUCAACAGUCUGAUCGAGCUGCAAUCGCAGCCGCCGUUUCUGCUCUACCGCAACGAACGGUCCCGCAUCCGGGGUAUCUGGUUCUACAAGGAUCAGGAGUGUGAUCGGAUCCGUGAGAUUAUUUCCUCGCUUGUGGCGGAUUGUGACAACGAAAACAUAAGGCCUAUCGAGAUGGGAAAAGUUCAGGCAAACGGAAACGCCAGAGGUAAUAAUGUGGAUAUAUUCACAAUGUUGACCAAGGCGCAGGAAAACUUCAACAACAGUGGCGGAAUGCCACAGUCAGCUCAAUCUCAAGAGCAAGUACCGAACAGUAGAAAUUUGCCGGCUGUCAUUAACGUUGUACCAGACCAGAGCACACCUCAGAGUGUGGUUAACUUUUUCAACGCUGCCGCAAAGCAACCAGCCGCUUCCGAGGUUCCUCUGUUCCAAACGCUAAUGUCCAACCCAGUGCAUACGCUGGAACAAAUCGAAAAACAACAUCGUGCCACAACGCCUCAAAAAGAGGCACUUCCUUCCGGAAAGCUAACUCCCGAAGUAAGCGAACUAGAAAACAGUUUCAAAUUUAUGGGUAUUCCUAUAAACACCGGACCGGUUCCAGUGCAGGAGUCAGGAACAUCGCCAUUGGCAACGUUCCUCAGUUCAACCAAUUUAGCGGCAGUUCGGAACAACAACCAGCAAAUCCUGAAGGCAAAACCAAUCGAAAUUAGCGAGCUAGAAUCACGCCAACAGCAGCAGCAGCAACAGCAACAACAGCAGCAUCCGCAUCCGCAACCACUGCAUGAACUCUUGAAAAAGUCUGAUAGUAUGAACAAUCAUGUUUCUAGGCUAAACCCUACUCCGACUACUGGCAGCGCAAGUAAACCCGCCCUUAUGCCACCAACUAUGUUUACUCCGAGUGGCUCUACCACUGCAGCAAAGGGGCUUUCCGAUUUGUUCGCUAACGUAGCGAGCAAGAAGCAGCAGGAACAAGCCAACGGGAAUAGUCCCUCCGUUACAGAUUUGCUGACAAAGAGCAACCACAACCACCAACCGGCACCGCCGGGAUUCUACCCGAUGGCCGGGAGUGUCGAACCACUCACUCAAGCGCAGCUUAUCCAAGCCGUUAGCUAUCUUAUCAAGCAUGAUCCGGAUUUCAUACGGAAGCUUCACGAAGCAUACCUGAAAUCGUUCCAGGAAAUGAUGGCUCUUUAAACAGCGCACGAGUGACAUAACGAAUAGCCGAUGGAAGAGCAGAAAAGUGGAAGCAAAAGACUUGAAGAUUUGUCGUCAACAUGUUGCAGGGUGAAAUUUGAAUAGAAAAACACGUCGCAAAAGGACCUUUUAAGCAGGAAAUGACGAAAUACGGUUAGAUUCUUUUUUUUGAUUUUUGAACACUCAUAUAUAUUAUUAUUUUGUUCCGUUGUUACUGAAGCGUACUCCCUCCUUUCACAAUACAAUAAUACAUGUUGCUCUAAGUAAAGCAAGUACAUGAUGAA